AUGAAGUUACGAUUUUCUUUAUUUUUCUUUAGUUCGUUGCUCACAUUGAGUGCCGCCAAAUUCCCCGACAAUGCAGUUGGUGUCACGACUAAGCAUGUUACCGGCCAGCCUGGGGUCUCGAUUACCUACAAAGAGACAAGCAUUUGCGAAACCAAAACCAAAGCUUGGGCUGGUUAUGUGCAUAUGCCCUCUUGGUAUAUGAGUGAGAUUCAGACCGCCGACCCAUACAAUGUGUCCAUGUUCUUCUGGUUCUUUGAGGCACGAAGCUCGCCUUCAAACGCAUCCACUGGCAUCUACCUGGCUGGAGGACCUGGCGCACCGUCCAUCAGCGAUCUUGUUUCUGGAACAGGGUCUUGCUAUAUCAAGAGCGACUCGAACAGCACCGAGGACAACCCGUGGUCUUGGAACAAUGACAUGAACAUGCUGUACAUUGACCAGCCGGUCAGCACGGGUUACUCUUACACCGAGCGGAUUCACUCAACCCUCAACAUGCUAUUCCUGGGAAGCCCGCAGACCGAGACAGGCAUCACACCGAUCGAGGCGUACGGCGGCUCCGUGCCCCCCGAGAACAUCACGUUUCUCCACGGCACCUUUUCCGAGCAGAACCCCGACAAGACGGUCAACAGCACGCUGUCCGCGGCCAAGACCCUGUGGCACUUUUCGCAAGUAUGGUUCCCCCACUUCCCCGAGUAUCACACAGGCGACAAGCGAGUCAGCAUCUGGGGCAACUCGUACGCCGGCUUCUACGUGCCCGCCACGGCCUCUUACACGGUGCAGCAAAACACCAAGAUUCGCCAGGGCACGCUCAAUGGGACCAUCAUCCCGAUUGAUGCCGUUGGCUGGACAAAUGCAUGCGUUGAUAUGCUAUACCAAGGCGAAUGGUUCCCCGAGCAAGCCUAUAACAAUACGUACGGCCUGCAAGUCAUCACAAAGGAUGUGUACGAGGAGGCUUUGAAGAACUUCACCAUGCCUGGAGGCUGCCGGGAUCAAAUUACGGAGUGUCGUCGCCUUGGAGAUCUAUACGACCCUGAACAACUCAACAUCAAUUCCAACGUCACGGAUGUCUGUGUUGGCGCCACUCUCUACUGCUUCGGCCAUGUCAUGGGCGCCUACGAGGCUGCCAGCAACCGCAGCGUCUUUGACAUGGCACAUCUCAAGCCUGACCCUUACCCUCCUUCCUACGCCAAUGGUUUCUUCAACCAAGCAUGGGUGCAGAAAGAGCUCGGCGUCUCUGUCAACUUCACGGGAUCUUUGCUCUCCAACAAUGUCAUGCUCUAUGGGAGCGGCGACCCCGUUCGCACCGCCGGCCUGCCGAUGGUGCAGUACCUUCUCGACAAUGGCGUCAAAGUGGUCAUGAUAUAUGGCGAUCGCGACUAUCGCUGCCCGUGGAACGGCGCAGAAAAGCUCAGUCUUCAGCUGCAGUGGUCGGGCGCCGAGGCGUUCCAGAGCGCGGGCUAUCAGCAUGUUAAGACGAGCGGGUGUUCGAGCAAAGGUGUUGUUCGGCAGCACGGCAACUUGUCGUUUGCCCGAAUUUUUGAUGCUGGGCAUGAUGCCCAGGGCUACCAGCCGGAGAUUGUCUCGAAGCUCGUCAGCCGCGCCAUUGCUGGCAAAGAUCUCGCCACUGGAAAGCACGCAACGACUGGCCAAGGCGCUAAUUACACAACGCAUGGUCCGCUGAGCAGUUUUGGUAUCAAGAAUAAGCUACCGGAGCCGCCUGCGUUUGAGUGCAACCUGUGGAAUGUGCUGUCCUCGUGCACGAGGGAGCAGUACGAGGCUUUGGAGGCUGGAACCGCAGAGGCGGAGAACUACCAAGUGGUUAAGCCAGAAGGCGGAAGUCCGGGGCCGAUUAUUCAGGUUUUAUAA